CCUCUAGUGAGAACAUAAAAGCUGGGCCAGUCCCACUGCUGAGACAGAAAGCAACACGAGCAACACUGAAGAAAACAGACUCCUUAACAGUGUCUCUACUUACAGCAAGAGGACUUGACGCUAAACACACGCUGAAGAUGCUGUGCUCUCAUGGAUUCCAGUCUGCCCUCAGUCCAUUCAUGGACUUCCACUGGCCUGUACGCAGUCUGUGGCCAGAGGUCAGACCUCUGCUCUACCAGCAGGAUCUACUGCGGAGAAACCUACAGGAGCUGCGCUGCAGUCUGGAGCUGAUGCACAAACUUCAACAUAAGAUCCUGGAGGAGACAGAGCCUUUCCAAAGCAGUGUGGCCGUGCAGCCGGUCUCCUACCAGCUGGACAAAGAGGGAGAGCACUUUGGCCUGACCCUGGACACUCGCGGCUUCUCCCCAGAGGAGCUGUCUGUGAGGCAGGUGGGCAGGAAGCUGAGAGUCAGUGGGAAGACAGAGAAGAAGCAGGAGGAUGGGAAAGGCUCCUACUCUUACAGACUGCAGGAGUUCAGACAGGAGUUUGAUCUGCCUGAAGGACUGAACCCUGAAGCCGUCACAUGCUGCCUGGCUCCAGACGGGAAGCUCCACAUCCAGGCCCCCAAAGCUCCAUGUGCUGAGGAGGCUGAGAGAGAGCUGACUAUCAAGAGGAGCUCGGAGGAGGAGAAAACUCAGCAGAGUGUGUGUUCACACCCAGAAGGCAGCGGCACAGAGAGAGACAGCAGCACACAGGACUGAACACAUGGACUGACCACAAUGUUGCUGUGCCAAUGACAAGUAUUUAUAUAUAUGAACAUAUGUGUUUGUUUUAUAUUUGUAUGUAACCGGACAUGAUAAAUAAAAAUAAUAAAUUGUAAUUAUCAGUUUAUGU